AUGGCGGACAAAGACAAACGCCGGCCCGGGCUUGCUCCCCCCUCGAUGCCCGAGGGCAAAGCCACCAAGUCGGACAGCGACAGGGAGUUUCUGUCGCAGGCGGGUGUGGGGGAGCUGCUCCGCGGCGCCAUCCUGAAGAUGGUGGAGGCCAGGUCGGACGAUCCCAUCGGCUUCCUCGCCGACCACUUCUGCAACCUCUCCUCCAUGACGGAGAGCGGCUCGGCUGGAGGCUGCGACGCGGAGCCGCUGAGCAACGCGCCGCUGAGCGCAGGCGCCCAGGAGCAGCAGCAUCUCAACCGGGCGCUGUGGCACCUGCGACUGGCGCAUCACUCCCAGAGAUCUGCCUUCAGCAACAACGUCCGCGUGGCCUAUGACCUCCUAAACCUCACCGGGCCCCAAAGACAUCCAGGUGAGGCUCCUGAAGGCCCAGACGGCUCCUGCACCGAGAGCCCCACAGGAGGAGGAGGAGGGGUGAGAGGAGGCCUCUACUCCCAGACUCUGGAUUGUCUAUGCAGUGAAGGUGGCGUCCCUGCCUCCACCUCCGCUCCACUCCUCCGACGACUCCACUGCCAGGACCACGAGGCCGUCCCUUAUGACAUCUUCCGACACGGCGUGCUCACGUGUGCCGUCUUCUCGGACUACAUCCGGCAGGCCCAGAGGCUUUACGCUGAGGUGUGCUGCCCAGACAACGGACCUGCCUCCCGGGCGCUGUGCCUGGCCGUGCUGGGCACCCUGAAGGAAGCUCUGGAGACGUCCCAGGGCUGUGAUGCAAACUGCUGCGUUAACGCCAACAACUCGUGUCUGGAGGCCAACGUGAAGGCCAUCCGCUACCUGAAGGCCAGCGCCAACAUCUCUCCCUGCAAGCUCGCUCAGGCUAUGUCUGGAGCGCAGUUGCGGGGUCCAGGUGGCGACAUGGACGCUAAGGAGUUUGAGAAUGCAGCGGCUGAGCUCUUUAUCACUCGAGUCAAAGUUGUGUCCUAGGUCUCCUCUCUGUAUUCACAUAAGUCAUGAAUGUACAGCCAUGUUAUAUAGUAAAUCAUUAUCCUGUCUGCACCUAUUACUGUCAAGACGAAAUAUGAGGAGAAUGCAGGAUGAAGGAAAAUAGUGAGUUGUUUAUUCAAAAUGUACAGUGUAUAUAAUCAGGACCAGAAUGAACUAAAGAUAUUAUGGGAUCAGUUAAAUCAGUAGUGAGGGUUCGUGUAUGCAUGAAUGUGCGAAGAGAAAGAUGUUGGUUGCAUGAACACAAAAUAAUGUUGAGUAAACUGGUCUGUGCUAUCUAAGCUUAUGUAACAUUUUGUAAUAGAAACAGGAGUCAGUCUCGUGCUCUCUUUGGGGGCGUCUCUGUAAAGUACCAGCGGUGUAGACGAUGGAUGGACAUGAUG